GCCAUGAGCAACCCAGAGGAGUUGGAAGAGCUCAUGCCUGGGGAGCACAAGAGGCAACGUGAAGCCUUGAGGAGGAAGAUCAACAGUAACAAGGGAGGUUUGCAGCCAGGGCUCGUGGAAAAGUACAAUGCGGCAAAGACCGACCAGGAGAAGUUCGCCCUUGUGAAAGCCUUUAUCAUGGAUCCUACAAUGGACUCAGUGGAGGUCGAAGCAUUUUAUAUUCAGCAAUCAAAGGAGAAGAGUCGGGGCAUCUGGGUGGAACUGCCACUGUCCGAGUUGGAGCAGAAAUACAACACCCCCGAAGACCGUGAGUGGUUGCAAAAACAAGUUGUGGCCCGUCAAGCCGGGACUCCCCAUCCUCAGGAUCCGACAAAUCCCAGGAAGCGGAUCUACAAAGUCUUCGAGAAGUUUGAACACUCAAGCGAGAACUCCAAAUUGGUCGGAUCCUAUCUUUCCGCCAAAAGCCGAGUGGCGGCGAACAAAGCUCAGAGACAGUCCUUGGCAGACCACAUCACUCAUGACGCAGCAGGUUUUGGAGACCACGUGAAACCGAUGAUGGCUGUGGAGGAGCAACCCGGACCCAGAAAACCAAGGGUGCCAAAGACACCUAAGGUGCUUUAA